AUGGGUUUGUUGGUGGAAGGACGGUGGACAGACGACAAAGAUGCCCCAAAAGGAAUCAAAAUGACACCAUUCAACAACUGGGUGACCGUCGAUGGACAACCCGGGUCAACGGGAGAAGGAGGAUUCGUCGCUGAAAAAGAUCGAUAUCAUCUGUAUGUCUCGUACGGAUGCCCUUACGCUCAUCGCACGCUGAUUCUAUUGAAGCUAAAGGGACUCGAGGACCUUUUGAGCGUGUCAGUGGUCAGUCCGAUGAUGCUUGAGAAUGGAUGGACAUUUGAUGAGACUUAUCCAGAUGCAACCGUCGACCACCUCUACGGCUUUCAGUUCCUAUACCAAGUCUACUUAAAGUCCGAUCCAAAAUGCACGACCCGGGUCUCGGUGCCGGUGCUUUGGGACAAGAAACAGCACAAAUUGGUGAGCACCGAGAGUGCCGACAUCAUUCGAAUGCUCAAUUCGGCUUUCGAUGGGCUUGGCGCAAAUACAGGGGAUUUCUACCCAAAAGAAUUGCAUACAAAGAUCGAUGAAGUGAACGAAUGGGUCAAUGAUACUGUCGUCACCGGCGUCUACAAAGCCGGAUAUGCGCUGACUCAAGAGGGAUACGACUUGGCUGUGGGAAAACUCUUCGACUCGCUGGAACGCUUAGAGAAAAUUCUCGAGAACCAGCGCUAUCUGGCGGGGGAGAGUCUUUCCGACGCGGACAUCCGUUUGUGGGUGACACUGAUUCGAUUCGAUGCUGUCUACUCGAUCUAUUUAAAAUGCAGCAAGAAACGCAUCUUGGACUACCCGAAUCUUCACGGUUAUCUCAGGGAUAUUUACCAACAUCCGGGCAUCGCUGAGACGACAAAUUUCAAUCACAUCAAGGCUCUCUACUUCCGCUGUGGCAAAACGUUGAAUCCGUCGGGCAUCGUUCCAAUAGGACCCGAUAUGCGACUCGAUGUGCCACACGGAAGAAAUAAG